GAAAAACAUUUCUGGACUUUUGUUAAACUGUCAAGUGUCAAGUUGUUUGAUGUGUCAAGUGAUGCAAAUUAGUGUAUUUUCAAAGGAAGAAUAAUAUUCUAGACUAUAGUUUUAAGUAAAUAUAGUGUUCAACAGUUUCCUCGCAAUUACUAUUACUGUAAUUCUUAAAUAGCCAAAUUACUCAUAAUAUUUCCCAACACAAAUCACAAAAAUGGGUCUUCUUGAGCCUACAAUGUACACUGUUAAAGGAAUAGUAAUACUAAACAAUGAUGGAAAGCGUGUUUUGGCAAAAUACUAUGAUCCCAAUGUGUUGAGUACUGUAAAGGAGCAAAAAGCAUUUGAGAAGGAUCUUUUCAACAAAACACAUCGUGCAAAUGCGGAAGUCAUAAUGUUGAAUAGCCUCAUCUGUACAUACAGAUCAAAUGUGGACUUGUUCUUCUAUGUGAUUGGAAGCUCUCAAGAGAAUGAACUGAUCAUAUUGAGUGUCCUUCAAUGUCUCUUCAACUCUGUUAGCCAAAUCCUCCGCAAAAAUGUAGAAGAAAGAGCUUUGAUGCAAAAUCUCGACAUAGUGAUGCUCACCAUCGAUGAAAUUUGUGAUGGAGGGAUUAUUAUGGAAGCUGAUCCAGCUGUUAUUGUGCAAAGGGUUGCGCUAAGAACAGAAGACAUUCCUCUUGGAGAACAAACAGUUGGGCAAGUAUUCCAGUCUGCUAAAGAACAGUUAAAAUGGUCUUUGUUGAAGUGAAAAUAAGUGAGACCUCCUUGUAAAUUACGAUUCAUUCUAUGUUUAUUAAAUAUCGUGCUACCAAAUCAAA